AUGUCUCAACUCUGGGCCAACGUAGUCGCUACAUAUGAUCCCUUUACCAUCGAGUUCGUGGGCAGCUGCCUCGUUCAAAUCCUUUUCUGGUGGAUUCCGUCAGCCGUUUUCGUUCUCCUUGAUCGUGUUGCCCCAAGCUUUGCUGCGAGACACAAGAUACAACCCCCACCAAAACAGCCCAAAGCCUCUGAGAUAUUGGAUUCUGUCGUGAUAUCCUUGAGGAAUCAGCUCAUAGUCAUUGGACUGCAAUUGUCCCUAGCGUUUCUGGCAACACAGCGGAAUAUGCCACCAACAUUCCAGGUCACAGCCUCACUACCAUCUGCGACAAGCUUCGUAAGCGACUUUGCCAUCUGCUUAGUUGCUCGAGAGGUCCUUUUCUACUAUUCCCAUCGACUGUUCCACAUACCAUACCUCUAUCGUCGCGUCCACAAAAUCCACCACAAGUUCACAGCACCAGUCGCCUUCGCCUCGCAGUAUGCCCAUCCCGUCGAGCAUAUUGUAGCCAACACGAUCCCUAUAGUCCUUCCGCCAAUACUGCUCAGAACUCACAUCUUGACCAUGUGGGCGUUUGUAGCUUGGCAGCUUAUUGAGACUGCGACUGUUCACAGCGGCUUCGACUUCUUUGGAGGGGCAGCUUAUCGUCAUGAUCGUCAUCAUGAGCGUUUUGACGUCCACUUUGGAGGAAUGCCUUGGCUGGACUGGCUUCAUAGCACCGACGAACGAAAGAGGCUGGAGAAGAAGAAUAAAUGA